CCUGUGCCUUCGCUGGUCUGUGGAACUGUGUCACCAUCAACCCCCUGAACAUCGCGGCUGGCGUGUGGAUGAUGCUCAACGCCUUCGUCCUGUUCCUGUGCGAAGCCCCCUUCUGCUGCCAGUUUAUCGAGUUUGCAAACGCCGUCUCUGCAAGGGCAGACAAGCUGCGGCCCUGGCAGAAAGCUGCUUUCUACUGCGGGAUGGCUGUGUUCCCUGUCGUGCUCAGCCUGACGCUCACCACGCUCUUUGGAAAUGCCAUUGCGUUUGCCACUGGGGUUCUUUAUGGCCUGUCGGCGCUCGGCAAAAAGGGAGAUGCCAUUUCCUAUGCUCGGAUCCACCAGCAGCAGAAGCAGAUGGAUGAAGAGAAGCUGACAGGGGCUCUGGAGGGACAGACUCUCUGA